GCAAUCUAAUGUGCUUUCAGUUGUUGCAAAAAAUGCCUUCAAAGCAAUUAAAAUAAUGCCGAUAUCUUAAGUAAAAUUCAUUGUACGAAAUAUGAGGUACUGAAUAUCACGAAAAGUAAUAAACAUAUUGCCCAUUAAGUAGAACAAUUCUAUGUUCAGAUACAUGUUUAUGAGACUGCCUUUAUCGUCACCAUUUUGACGGUAUUUACGAACGCUGAAUUUUGUGGAUGUAUAGCAGAAUAAAAAUAUUAUAUUAUUAAUUGUUAUUUUAUCGGCACGAAAGUAGUUGAUGAACACUUCUUUCACCCAAUCAAUUGGGCGCAAGCAAUUCCACGCUUCAGCAACAUCACAUCGAUGUGCAUGCCGAAAUGAAACUUUAAUCGAAGAGUAGAGAUUCUUUUUUACAUACUCGUCACGACAUCUUGUAUACUUAUUAUUUUUUUUAAAUUCUCACAGCUAAACAUUCUUUAUUUCUGAAACUAGCCUAUUUCUUAUUUAGUCUUGCAUGUUGACACACAUGGAAGACACUACUUCGUAGGAAUAUCAAUCAAAUAAUAUUCAUUUCACACUUCGUUUGAGAUACGCGCGGCCAUCACAAAUUUGAAACAUAAACCGACAGUGCGCAUGCGCGUGGUGUCACAAUUUCGCCAAGACUCGAUAAAUCGCCAAAUUUAGUCGUGGGUUGCGUUUCCUUAGGAGGAAGUAAAAAUACGCGUUCGCCAAAGUCCUCAUCUCCUUUCUUCUUGCUCAAAAGCAAGAUUGCUACAGUGUGUAUUUCAUUGGCUAUUGGCUAUGGCUGAAAGAUUUUGUGUGGUAUUUAGCUUCUCCUGUGUUGACUGUAUAUCUACCUGAGAAAGGGAAAAGAGGGAAAAACUGAAGAUAUGAACUGAGUCAAGAUACCGCAUGUAUUUUAUCGCGAUGUCGAUCGUAGGGAGAUAAAUUAAAACUUUAAAUUCAUGCUCUAUUUGAUAUUUUUAAAAUGUAUGGAAUUAACCCGUGGUUACGUUUUAGCAGAGUCUAUUUAAGUCAUAUCAAGUCCUUUCAGGUAUCAAAAGCUAGAUUUUCUUUGAGUUAUGGUACAAGGGCUGAAUUUUUUGAAAAUUCAUCUGAAGCUAUCCAAGAUAUACCGGAUAACGCAAGGCUUUUAGUAGGCGGCUUUGGAUUAUGUGGAAUUCCUGAAAAUCUUAUCUCAGCUAUUUAUAAGAAAGGUAUCAAAGAUUUAACUGUUGUCAGUAACAAUGCUGGUGUUGAUAACUUUGGAUUGGGUUUAUUGCUUCAAACAAAGCAGAUUAAACGAAUGGUAGCUUCAUACGUAGGAGAAAAUACUGAAUUUGAAAGACAGUACUUAUCUGGAGAAUUGGAAGUAGAGUUUGUGCCUCAAGGCUCAUUAGCUGAGAGGAUUCGAGCAGGUGGUGCUGGCAUUCCUGCUUUUUACACUCCUACUGCAUAUGGAACAUUAGUUGAAGAAGGUGGAGCCCCUGUCAAAUACAAUAGUGAUGGCUCAAUAGCGUUAGCUAGUGAAGCCAAAGAGGUAAGAGAAUUUAAUGGACAAUCUUACAUCCUUGAAGAGGCAAUAACAGGUGAUUUUGCAUUAGUUAAAGCAUGGAAAGCUGAUAAAUUGGGAAAUUUAAUAUUUAGGAGAUCAACACCAAAUUUUAAUGUUCCCAUGUGCAAAGCUGGCAGAGUUACUAUUGCUGAGGUAGAAGAAAUUGUUGAAAUUGGUGAAAUACCUCCUGAGCAAAUUCAUGUUCCUAGCAUUUAUGUGCAAAGAGUAUUACUAGGUAAAGCAUUUGAAAAAAGGAUUGAGAGAUUAAAGUUCCAUAAAAGUGGAAAUACUCUUGCAAGGACACCAGCUGAGAAGAAAAGGGAGAAAAUUAUAAAAAGAGCGGCAUUAGAAUUAAAGGAUGGAAUGUAUGUUAAUCUUGGUAUUGGUAUUCCAGUUUUAGCAAGUAAUUAUAUCCCGCCAGGUAUAACAGUUCAUCUUCAUGGUGAAAAUGGUGUUCUAGGAUUGGGCCCAUAUCCAUUGGAAAAUGAACAAGAUGCUGAUUUGAUAAAUGCAGGGAAAGAAACUGUCACUGUUCUCCCUGGGGCAUCAUUUUUUCCAAGUGAAGAAUCAUUUGCAAUGAUCAGAGGGGGUCAUAUUCAGUUGACUAUGCUAGGUGGUAUGGAAGUAUCAAGAUAUGGAGAUUUAUCUAAUUGGAUGAUACCUGGCCAACUAGUCAAAGGUAUGGGAGGAGCAAUGGAUCUUGUUGCUAGUAGAUACAUGGGAACAAAAGUAGUUGUGACUAUGGAACACACUGCAAAAGGAAAUGCACCUAAAAUUGUAGAAUCUUGUUCCUUGCCUAUAACAGGGAAAAAGUGUGUAGAUAUGAUUAUAACAGAAAAGGGCGUAUUUGAUGUAGAUAAAGAAAAUGGAUUAACUUUAGUUGAAAUUGCUGAUGGAAUAACUGUGGAAGACAUUAUAUCUACAACUGCUUGCCAGUUUGAGAUAUCUCCUGGUUUAAAACCUAUGGGACAAAUUUAAAAUAAAGAAAGAGAUAACAGCCGCAUGAUGGAACUGAUAUCAUAAUCCAGUCUUUUUAUAAUAUUCUGUACAUUAAAUGUGUGAAGAGGUGCAUUUUUAAUAAUGCAUAUUUUUAGAAUGUGUGUGAUGCAUGUAAAUACCUUUGUUGCCAUAAAAUAUAUUUUUCUGUUCUGAAGUCAAAACCCAGUAAUAAAUGUGAAUCUAAGUUUAAAAAAAAAGGUGCAAAAAUGUUUUUUUGUAUAUUUUUAUAAUUCAGAGAUGACCAGAUGUGUAUAACACGUUUUGUGUAAAAUUGAAAAAUAUUAAAUUAUAAUUUUAUCUAUAUUUUUUAUUGUCUGUGUACUGCAUUUUUCUAGAUUUCAGUUUUUAAUGAGUUUAUGAAUUUAUCAGUUUUCUAUUUCAAUGAUAAUUUUUCAAAUCAAAUCAAAAGGUGAAAUUAUUGCCAUCAUAAAUGCAUGCUUAUUUAUGUUAGAAUAAAAAAUCUUGUUUUUA